GAAUCACGUUGGUAUUUAGAAGAUAUAGCAGAAAAGUUAUUAAUAAAGCGACAAGAAAUCAAUCAAAAAACAAAUGAAUUGAUUAAAAAAAUAGGUAGAAUUUUAGCAACUGAUAAUGAUGGUAUAUGGUGUAUGUUACCAGAAUCAUUUCCUGGAAAUUUUACUUUACAAUUAUCUGAUGGGAAUGAACUUUCUUUUUCAUUUCCUUGUUUGCUAAUCAACUACCUAACUUGGACCAAUCUAAAAGUUGUUAAUCAGCAACGAGACUUUAAUAAUUAUUUUGAAAUUGAUGAUGGAUUUAGAGCAGUUAUUAUGCCAAAGUUUGAUUGUAAUAAUCGCUUAAAAAAUAUCACUAUAGCUUUUACAAAGGCAGGCAGUCUUGAAGAAAAUAAAAAAAAUGAUUUGGUCAAAUUUAAUGAAAAAAACCUGAUAAGGUUUUUUGAAGCAAGUAUUUUGCCAGAAUUUUUGAAAGGAAAUUCACUGGAGGAAUGUUACCAGCAUGUCAAUAGAUUAUCUGAAAAUUUUCUAAAAAUAAUUAUACUGAAAGGCAAAUCACUUUCAGAUAAUGAGCUGAUUAAAUAUUUUAGUGUAAAAUACAAUGCAAGUCCCACCAUUAAUGACAGUUCAUCAAGAGCUGUGAUAAAUCGUAUGUCAGAGUUCCUAGGUGAUGAGAUUCUUAAAGAAAGCAAGAUAACCUGUCACUUUGUCAUAUCUUCUAAGCCAAGAAAUGCUUUAUUAAGUCAACGUGCAAUUCCAAUAGAUAUAUUUUUUGCUGAAGAAGAAGUCAAAAAAGCUCACCUGAGGAAAUGGCUUGGAGAUCCAGAAAUGGAAUCAUUUGAUGUGCGUGAAAUAAUACAUUGGGGGCAUUAUAUGGAAAAGCUUAAAUUAUUAAUAGAAAAGCUUGUGAUAGCUCCUGCAU